UCGAUUGGGUUGGCCAUAUUCCUCCAUGGUAAAGCCAAUACAAAAGGAAUAGAGAUGGAUUUUACGCCAUCAGGCAAACCCAUCUACAUUACACUGCUUGAAGAGUUCAAACGUUGCCCUCCUCGGUUCUUCACUGCCACUAGUACCUCUCAUGGUAACCCUGUCUUACGACAUGAUCCAGCACGGAUCAACGUAUGCGAUCGAUCCCAGCAGGGCAAGUCCAUGUUUCCAGACACAAUGGGAGGCGUUCUUGUCAUAACGACCGAGACUGAGUUGCAACAGCUUACAGCUCGUUUAUUGGAGAGGCCCAUCUUUUUCACAGUCAGCAUAGAGCGCUCAGCGUCAGAAGUCUGCUCCAAAGUUACCCACACCACACGUGGUCGGUUGGCUGUGUUUGUUAACACUCAGCAUCCUCAUGUUCAUCAUCUGAUCCAGUCACAACUUGCCCAAUGCAUGGACACCCUCAAACAAGGGAAAAACUUUGCAGUUGAGUUUGACUUCAACGAUGUCUUUGUUACCUGGAUGAAAGCCGUCUAUCAGGAAGCAGACCUGCAGACAAUGGACUGUGGCUGCAACAUCAAAUACAGCUGCUCCUCGGGCAAAGUCACCGUCACCAACUACAGCGAGUUUGAGGAGAUCUUCGCCUGCACACCUUCGCUGCUAGUCAUGUUUGUUGUGUGCCUGCCCUGCUGUCUGCUCACCUUUCCUUUUUAUAGGAUCCACCGUGCCGUGAACGUUGAGGACUUUGGCGGUAAGGUCACGGGACUGCAGCCCAGCUACUGGAGUGCCGAGGCAGAGAUGCAGGGAAUGGAGGAAAUUCUCUCCCGCGUCUUGCAGUUAAUUGCGCAGGAUAAUGCGGCUGAAGUUAGGACCCCGGAUAUGCCUCCUAGUUAUGAUGCUGCAACUGGAUCUAAUCUGGCCUAUGGGGGCUCUCAGGUUGUGAACCGCCAGCCAGGAUAUCCACAACCCGUGGGUCAACAAGUCGGCUAUGGCCAGCCCGUGGUACAGCAGCCUGGGUACGCUGUUCCCAUGGGUCAGCAUCCCGGAUACGCCCAGACUAUGGCACAGCAGCCCGGAUAUGCCCAGACUAUGGCACAGCAGCCCGGAUAUGCCCAGACUAUGGCACAGCAGCCCGGAUACCCCCAACCUAUGGUGGGACAACAGCCAGGUUACGCCCGACCAGUGGUACAGUAGUCCGACUAAAAAGGCAACCCAUGGGUUGACUGACAGGUUGUGCCAAGCUUAUGGCAUAACAGCCAGGCUACGCCCAACCCAUGGUAUCGUACCUUGGCUAUGGCCUACUGGUUAGUCGGCAGCCAGGCUACACCCAGCUUAUGAUACACCAGCCUGGCUAUGUCAUACCCAUGGCACAGUAACCUGGUUAUGGCCUACCCAUGGGGAAGCAGCUAGGGCCCAUUUUUCUUUCUUUGUGUGCCUGCCACAGAACUUUUUUAUAUAAAUCUGUUCAAAGUCACUGCCAGUAUGGUCUUGGAUGGAAAAUUAAAAAACAAACAUUUGACAAAACUCUUGGGAUUUUGUAGUUUUGUAAAGAAUUCUGGGUGUAGUUCAUUCAUGUUGCUUUGUAAAUUUGCUUUGCAUCCUUGU